AUGCCGACCGAUAACAAGGGCGAGAAAUACACCUACAAGAACUCGGGCACCAAUAGUCAGGGUAACCACUACUGCAGCCGUGAUUAUAGCUCUGGUCAGAGUGGCUAUCACUAUUCCAACCAAGAUGGAUCCUACUACUACUCCAACCCGGACGGUAGCACUUAUUACAGUAAUGGUCUAGGUGAAGCGUGGUACACCCCUGCUGACUCGGACGUUUCAUACUACUACUCCAACGAGGGGUAUGAUGACAACGACGGCGGCAAUAACUAG